AUGCCGAGCCAUAGAGAACGAGUGGCAGCGCUGCUGCACCGACUCGCAGCGGCACAGAUUGACCUCGUCGAGUGGGAGUACCCGCUCUGGCGCCGACUGGGUGUUCCUCUUGUGACGGACGGAAGUCUAUUUUACCUAGUCCCCGACCAACAGUUGUAUGAUGCUUGCCAGGUUGCGGCCUCCUUGGGGUACUAUCCAGAAAGUACCGAGUCCCUGCGUAUCGGCUAUCCGUCCGAGUACUCGGGCUUGGGUGUGCGAUACAAAAUUGACGGCGCAACAAGACAGAGCCUAGGCCAUGACACCUUCAGGAGGCUUGUGUUCUUACCGCUGUCCUGGUCGGGGCUGGACUUAUACGAUCUCAAACGCAUAGAGAUACGGUACGCAGGCAUGCCAGACCACACUUUUGCCAUCUGGACAGUCCCUCUUGCGGCAGCCUGUACAGCCAUGGUGCGUGUGAUAUGCGCUGAGAAACGAUCAAGCCGUUUACGCAGAAAACUCCAGGCCUAUUUGUCCAAUCUUCUGGCCUACAGCUUUUUUGAUACAAGCUAUGAAGGGGAGUUCGAGGUACUUUUAGGGAAUGGAGUGCCAUUGUCAGAGUCCGAACUCUUGGAGAUUGCGAAUGCGGUGGCAGGAAUUAAAGACCUGGGAGACGAGAGAUGGUGA